AUGUAUUUUAUCCGAAUUAUUGGAAUUACUCAUGGUGUCUUUCAAAAUCAAAGAUCUGUGAACCCUGAAGCAGGUAUGGAUAUUAGCCAGAUUAUUUCCUACUGGGGCUACGCUGAUGAAGAAUAUGAUAUUGUAACCAAAGAUGGUUAUAUCCUUGGCCUUUAUAGAAUUCCUUAUGGGAGGAUAGACAAUAAUAAAAAUCUAGCUCAGAGGGUUGUUGUAUACUUGCAACAUGGUUUGCUUACAUCUGCCAGCAGCUGGAUUUCCAAUCUUCCCAACAACAGUCUGGGCUUCAUUCUGGCAGAUGCUGGUUAUGAUGUGUGGAUGGGAAAUAGUAGAGGAAAUACCUGGUCCAGGAAACACUUGUACCUAGAAAUGAAUUCCAAAGAAUUCUGGGCUUUCAGUUUUGACAAGAUGGCAAAAUAUGACCUUCCAGCCUCCAUUGAUUUCACUGUGAAGCAAACCAGGCAAGAGGAAAUAUUUUAUGUAGGCCAUUGACAGGGUACUACUAUUGGUUUCAUAACAUUUUCUACUAUAUCAAAGAUAGCUGAAAGAAUCAAAAUAUUUUUUGCUUUAACACCAGUUUUUUCCACAAAGUGCUUAAAAAGUCCUUUAAUUAGAAUGACAUACAAAUGGAAGUCAAUAGUCAUGGCUUUUUCUGGCAACAAAGACUUCUUGCCUAAAACCUCAUUUAAAAAAUUCGUUGGUUCAAAGCUGUGUCCACUACAGAUUUUUGAUAAGAUUUGCCUCAAUAUCUUGUUUAUGAUGUUUGGAUAUGACCCAAAAAACUUAAAUAUGAGUCGUUUGGAUGUGUAUUUUUCACACAACCCAGCAGGAACAUCUGUUCAAAAUAUGCUCCAUUGGAGUCAGCUUUUAAAUUCUACUCAUUUGAAAGCUUAUGACUGGGGCAGUCCUGAUCUGAACUUGGUUCAUUAUAAUCAGACGUCUCCAUUAUACAACAUGACAAACAUGAAUGUGGCAACUGCAAUUUGGAAUGGUGAAAGUGACUUGUUGGCUGACCCUGAAGACGUUAACAUUUUACAGUCUGAAAUCACAAACCACAUUUAUUAUAAAACUAUUUCUUACUACAAUUAUAUAGACUUUUUGUUUGGAUUAGAUGUCUAUGAUCAAGUUUACCAUGAAAUCAUUGAUAUUAUCCAAGACAAUCUAUAAAGAACCAUGGUGCUGUGUGUUUAAAGAUCUAUAUCAUUCCUAAUGAAAUCCAAUUCUUAUUUUUUUAACUGUGUAUGUUCUUUCAUUUUUAAAACUAAAAUAUGUAGUUUUUUCCUCUAUAUUCUCA